AUGAUUAUACGGUAUCCCGCCAAGAGUGCCCUUCUUUCCAAUGGCCUCACUGCCGUAUGUUCAUCAUGUCUGGGUCUGCGUCUACGACAGACGCCCGCACUCUCCCCGCGCUCUAUAGCGAGAGCUUUUUCGAGGGCUUCAAUCCUGAAAGCUGCCAUUGCAGGCAAAACACCACGAUCAAGAAGCGAUUAUUUCUUUGAAAAUGGAUUGUUGGAGAGUACGAGAUCCGGGGUGAGGAGGGGCGCCAUCACAAUAUCAAUACAAGAUGCGAAUUCAAUCGCAAGCGGAAAUACAACCUUGAAAUCGAGUCAAACCACCCCUCCAUCAACUCCAGAAUCACCAGAAAUACUCCCCCACCGCAAAAGACAGGCCACCAAACGCGCCGCCGAAGCUUCAGCACAAGCUGAUCUAGUUCUCCCAGCCAACACCUCCUCAACCCUCACCGAAACCGCCGCCGCCGCUCCAGUCAACUCUCUCCGAAGACUCAUUCCCAUCCUCCUCUCCCUCUCGAAACCACGACUCUCCGUUCUCGUCGUCCUGACCGCAUGCGCAACUUACUCCCUCUACCCCGUCCCCGAAAUGCUGUCCCCCUCAUUAACAGACACGCCCUCCCUCUCGACUCUCACCCUCUUCUUCCUCACAACAGGUACCACCCUAUGCGCCGCCUCCGCCAACGCUUUCAACAUGCUCUACGAGCCCAAAUGGGACGCUAUGAUGACUCGAACGCGGAACAGACCGUUAGUACGGAAGUUGAUCUCUACAAGGGGUGCUGCAGCAUUUGCUCUUCUGAGUGGGUUGGUGGGGACGACGGCAUUGUAUUUCGGUGUAAACCCUACGGUGUCGUUUCUCGGGGCCAUGAAUAUCAUCCUCUACGCCGGUGUAUAUACACCCAUGAAACGGGUUUCCGUCAUCAACACCUGGGUUGGGGCCGUUGUUGGUGGGAUUCCCCCGUUGAUGGGGUGGGCCGCUGCAGCGGGGCAAUCUGCCACCGAAGCAGGUGACUGGAAGGAACUCUUACUGGGUGUUGAGAAUUCAGGUGGGUGGUUACUGGCAGGUCUAUUAGUCGCAUGGCAAUUUCCACAUUUCAUGUCACUUUCAUGGUCGAUUCGCGAGGAGUAUAAAAAUGCGGGGUAUAGAAUGUUAUGUUGGGUAAACCCCGCUCGUAACGGCCGAGUCGCCUUACGAUACAGCCUAGCAUUCAUCCCCAUCUGCAUCGGACUUUGCUAUUACAACAUCACGGAAUGGUCCUUUGCCGUAGCCAGCACACCCAUCAACGUCUGGCUCAUCCGCGAAGCCGUCAGGUUUUGGAAACUCGAGGGCCAGAAAGGCAGUGCAAAGGGUCUUUUCUGGGCAAGUGUGUGGCAUCUACCAGUAGUUAUGAUCUUGGCGAUGGUCGAAAAGAAGGGCAUGUGGCAGCGAGUUUGGCGGGCUGUGGUUGGUGAGCCGGAUUUUGAUGAGGAUGAGGAGUGGCUGGAGGAGGAUGAGGAGGAGGCGGAGUUGAGUGCUAGUCAGAAAGUACCCGGUUCGCAAGCGAGGACGGCCAUGGCAAUGGCACUGCCUGCAGGUUCCAGCCGGUGA